AUGAGUGUCUUCUCAUUCGGGGAUCUGCCCACUAUUCAGACCCGAAAGGCCUUGAUAUUACUUGACUUUCAGAAUGACUUUGUCCGUCCAUUUGGCGCUCUACAUAUCCCGAAUACACCAGAUAUCCUCGAAACUCUCCCACAACUCGCAUCUGCAUUUCGUCGAGUCGGUGAUGUAGUUUGGGUGCGCUCACAAUAUGAAUCCCCUCAGACCAUCGUUGACUGGAACUUUGGUGAUCGCAUUGUCCUAGACAGACAACCGCCGCGCAGAAAGCAGUCGCCCACUUCGGAUAUAAUUGAAGUUGGUUCGGAUCGUGAUUCACCAGAACCCGUCGACCCUGAAGCCUUCCUCUCCGCCGACUCUUCGCCAUGCUGUGACCCGAGUACCCCCGGAUAUCAGUUCCCCGCACCGAUUCUGGCCGCCAUCAACCCCCAGCAUGACACCGUGGUGGACAAAACAGGAUACUCCGCCUUGGAGUCCCCCGGCCUGGUGCUAUCCUUUAGGACACACUUUGUGACUGAGUUAUACCUUUGUGGCUCGUUGUCGAAUGUAUCCGUGUUUGCAACCGCUCUGGAUGCUGUCCGCAAUGGGUUUUCGGUAACUCUUGUGGAGGAUUGCUUGGGAUUCCGCGAUUUCCAGCGGCAUCAAGAAGCCAUGCGACGUAUGGCGGAUAUCCUGGGAGCAACUGGUAUCACCGCUCAGGAGCUCAUCCAAGAGCUAGAUUGGGAUGAAACUGAGGCAAUUGCUCGCCAAGGUGCACCACAGCCUAAGAGGUCAGCAACUGCAGCUGGCCUCGAGAGCGUCAUGGAUAGUCUAGAAUUCUGGAAUACCGUGGACCCCUCUCCCACAGAUGACUCUCAGGAUCCAGAGGAGCCGAGUCUUUCGAAACUCGUUACUCCUUCUCGUGCGCAGCGCGCUACUGCUGCUGCGCAGGCGCGGGGUCCGGAAGAAGGGCAAAAGAAGGUGCGUGCGCGCAUUCGUCGCCCGAAGCGCCGAGAUGCCAUACCAGCGGAGAGAAAAUCUGCGGAAUGUCAAACCAAGAUCGGGGAGGGCGACUCACGCCUCGUCACCAACGUCAAACUGGCCGCAGAUUCCUUUGAGCGUAUACAGGCGGAGGUAGAUUGGCAAAAGAUGUACCAUAUGUCGGGCCAAGUUCCCCGAUUGGUUGCAGUCCAGGGUCAAACUCGACCCGAUGGAGCCAUAGCCAUAUAUCGUCAUCCGGCAGACGAGUCUCCGCCCUUCAAGCCAUUUACCUCCACGGUUGAUGAAGUGCGCAUGGCUGUUGAGCAAAUACUAGGCCACCCCCUGAAUCAUGUACUCAUUCAACUUUAUCGUGAUGGACAGGAUCGCAUAUCAGAGCACUCGGAUAAGACGCUGGAUAUUACGCGAGAAUCCUUCAUUUGCAACGUCAGCCUAGGUGCCGAGCGUGUAAUGGUCCUCCGUACCAAGGCCUCGGCAUCUGAGCCCGAAGCAGGCGUGGAACCACGUCGGACAGCGCAGCGUGUGCCGCUUCCUCAUAAUUCACUUUUUGUGCUGGGUCCAAAGACGAACAUGCGAUGGCUUCAUGGCAUCCGGGCAGACAAACGGCCCAGUGCAACCAAAUCUACCGAAGAGCAAGCCUACGGUGGUCAGCGCAUUUCCCUUACUUUUCGUCAUAUUGGCACUUUCAUCGACCCUGUGGCUAACACCAUCUGGGGACAAGGGGCUGUCAGCAAAACAUUAGAACAGGCACGCGCCGUGGUCCAUGGGGAUCCUGCUGAAGCAGCACGCCUCAUUACUGCCUUUGGCCAAGAAAAUCGUGCCACCGAAUUCGAUUGGGAUGCCGUGUACGGCGGAGGAUUUGACGUGGUCAACUUUGUGACUACAUCAACCGGGCAGCUAUUACUUGGCUGUGAUCUUGUGGCCAACUUGCGUGUGCGUCUCUGUCUGGGGGAAAAUGGCGUCCGGUACCGAUUGACAACCAACCAUGAGCAGGGGCUCGCACAACUCGAGGGAUACCCAAUAUAUGAAACGCCUGAUGGAACAACAGUCGCGGGCGACUCUGUUAUCCUAGCAUAUAUGGCCAACCGAUCUGCCGAGGCCUCAUGCCCAGGUGUAGAUUCGUUACUCGGGGGCAAUUUCUUGUCAACGAUUGACGAGUUUCUGACAUACUGGCGUCAGCACCGUGCGACUAAUUCAGCUAGUAGGUUUGAAUACGGGAUUGAGGAUUGGGAUCGUACUCUGCAGGGACAACACUACCUAGGAGGUUCCGUGUUUACCAUCGACGAUUGCUCUCUAUGGCCAGUUCUGCGGGAUAUUGUACAGACUCAGGGUACAUUCGACGCUCGAUUCACGAGCUUGAAUCAAUAUUAUCACCGAGUCGAGAAUCGGGGUAUCGUUCGGUCUAUCCUGGAGGAAUGA